UUAACUUCACGUUUUUUUACCCAAUAUUCAUCACGAGCCUCAUGACAUUCAGUUCAAAAGAUGGCUUUACCUAAUCCUGCUCAAAGAAACGUGGUUCCUCAUCAUAAAAAAUAACCACCGUCCCAAAAAAAGAAAGGAGUCGAGGGACAAAAAAAACAUCAUCAAAUACUCAUUCCAGAACUGAUUCGUGUUCACCUGGACAAAGCGGAUAGGUUCAGGUCAUUAAGCCACUUAACUUAAGAAGUUGCUUAAGUCAAUCCUGGCCAUUAGAUUAAUCUCGGGUGGUUAGUAAUUAGUUAGUGGUUAUUGAUAGUUAUUUGUUGGUUAAGGGUACUUAGGGAAUUAUAAUUAAUUUAAACUUAAUCUAAUUAAUUUAAAUUAACCUAGAAUGGAGUCUCUUAUCUUCAUCGUAUCCCUGCCCAAAAACCCAUUGUCGAUCGUCCCAGCAGCUUAGUCAUUCCUUCAUCGUUUCUGCAGUCUCCUUCUCAACCCCUACCACUCUCCUUCCUGCAACUACACGCCGAUUCCUUAUCUAAUUUAUAUAUACCCAUAAUCUCACAUAAAUCUCUCUUCUUCUGCGACAUUACCAUUUACCGCCACCAGUAGGGUUUCAUCUUCCACUACUUUGCUUCCACCAACCUAUUCCUCACUUUGUUGUCCCCAUGUGAGAUUGUUAUUGCCAUUAACCGCAACGGCAGGGGAGGAAGAGAACGGAACGACGACGAAAUGGCGACUGGAGAUGGUGGUAUUACAAGGUCCCUCAAGCUUCACCGUGCUGGUUAAGUACAUGGAUUCUUCUCGAUCUUUUGUCAUAGGUAUGAUUUAUCAAUUCGAAUUUUUCAUAUGUUCUUGUGUACGGUGUGAUUGAAGUUUACGUUAAAAAAUGAUAAGAAAUCGUUAAUAAUGUUAUCGUAAAGUAUUGAUAACUAUAUUGAAAUUGGUAUUAACAAUUGUUAUUAAAUAUAUUGAAUCGUUAUCAAUCAAUAAAAAUUCAUUUCAUAAAGGUUGAGAACGACAAUGUAAGUCGAUGACAAUUGUUUGAAAAACGUUAAUAAUAUCAUUGAAAGUCAUUGUGAGAGACCAUGAUUGGCUAAUGAUGAGCAUGACUUGAAAACUUAAAUAGUUAAUAAAGAUGUCGGAAACUAGGGAUAAUGUUAUUCAAACUGUUAAUAAUGAUGUGGCAUAACUUUAAUAUCUCGUCAUAAAAUGAAAAUCAUUAAUAAUUUAUCUUAAAUAGUUAAUAAUGUAAAUCCUAAAGCAUUGAUGAGUAUAUUGAAUUUGUUAAUCAUUAUGAGACACAUCAAUAAUAAUUUAUUUCAUAAACGUUGAUAUUGUUAUUGCAAAACAUUAAUAAUGUCAUUGCAAGUUAUUCAUGGAUGCUUUGAUUGGUUAGGUAUGAACAUGACAUGAUAACGUGCAUUCGUUAAUAAGUAUGUUGUAAAUCAAUGAUAAUGUUAUUCAAAACAUUAAUAAUGAUGUUUGUCGUUCGAAGGGUGGGGAAUAAGAGUUGUUUUUAUUAAGGAGUUAUUAACAAUACAUAGUAUGGUUAAUAACCAGACAAUCUCGUCAUGAUUAAUGAUUUUGCUUGCAUUUUCAACAAAACACAACUAGUUAUUAAUAAUUUACAAUGUCAUUAUUAAUGAUUAGACGCAGUUUUAGUGUUAACAAUUUAAUCUUAGUGUUGAACAAAAUACAAUAUUCAAGUGAAAUUUUUGGAUGGUACGUAUUUGAUACUUAGCAUUGAGUAUGAAUAUUAUUAAUAUUUUUGUGUUUGUUUUCAAUGAAAUAAAAUUACGUUAUUAAUUAUUUUUUUUAUCAUUAUUAAUGGUUUGGUGUUGGUGUGUGAAUGUUGGUUUGCUUGACUAACUUUUUGCACUUACGUGAGCUAAUGUUUGCUUGAAUGAAUCACAGGUGCAAUAUAUCACAAGUUUCGAAGAUACUGCAAAUAAGCGUUGUGCUUUAUGAUCGUUGUGAACGACAGUGUAAAGAGAUAUCAAUUGAUCGCAAAACGUUGAUAAUGUCAAUGAAAGUCAUUGUAUAAUGCCAUGAUUGGCUAGUGAUGAAUUUGAUGUAAAUAUUUGAAUCGUUAAUAAAGAUAUUGUAAAUAAAUGAUAAUUUUAUUCAAAUUGUUAAUGUCGAUGUGGCUUAACUUUCAUUAGUAAUUCGUAAGGGUAGAGGACGAAAAUGUAAAUCGUUACCAACUGAACUAAAAUCGUUAAUAAUGCAUUUGAAAAGCAUCAAUAAGUAUGUUGAAAUUGUUAAUAAUAAUGGGGUAUAUAAGUAAUAAUUUAUUUCAUAAACAUUAAUAAUGUCAUUGCAAGUCGUUACAGAGAGCAUGGGCAUUUUUAAUUUUUAAUUUCCAUUUUCGAAAUACUAAACAUUGGUUUUUAAAUUUAUUAAAUAUUAAAUAAUAAUAUUAAAUUGUAUUAAUUACGAAUUUGCAUUUAAUAUGUUUAUAAAGAAUACCCUAAUUGUCCUUUUAGGUAGUUAUACUUCACUCUUCUCUCUCCUCUUCCUAUUGGCUAACAAAAACUUAAGAAACUUCUUAAGUUUUAGCCUUAAGGACUGGAUCCUACCCGUGGACAAAGAGGGAGCAAUUGCACAAACGGUCAGCAAACUUCGUUUCAUUAACAAAUUGGUCACUUACUUUUUUGCUAGGGAAUUAGAGUGAUCCGCAAAGUUGAGUGGUUGUGUCGAGUAAUUGACCCCGAAAGAGAAGAAAUGACACAGGAAAGAAAGGAAAGGAAAGGAGGGAAAUGCAAAAUCUGACGUAAAAGUAGAGCUACCUACCAAAUCCAGCCUCCUAUCUGCAACCACUUGUCUUUCUCACCAACUUGGUCAAAAUCCCUUCCUUCUCCCUCUCUCUCUCUCUCACCACAGAUUUCAUUUCAAUUCAUUUCACCCCAUUUUCUUCUCUCUUCUCACUUCCCAUCCUCCUCUCUUCUUCUACCUUCCUCCCUCUCUCUGCUCUAUAAUUAAAGCCCCACCAGCAAUCCAUUCUCAUCGCUAUCUUAUUGGCUCUUUCUCUCUUGUUUACCUUCCCAUAUACUCCAACACCCACCUUCCCAUUUCUUCAUCUCCUCUACAUAAAUUCCUUCUUCCCCUGCUUCUCUUUCCCCCCCCCCCCCCCCCCUUCUCUCUCAGACUUUUCGUCGAACAGUUAACAGACAAGCGAGUCAGGUACUUUGUGUAAACCUGCUGUUGACAACCCAAAUCCAAACGAGAGAAGAGAAACAAAGCCCAUUUCUUCGAUUUGGAGAAAAGAAAUCAAAUCAUGGGAAGGUCUCCUUGUUGCGAGAAGGCUCACACCAACAAAGGCGCCUGGACCAAAGAAGAAGACCAGCGCCUCAUUGAUUACAUCCGCACUCAUGGCGAAGGCUGCUGGCGCUCCCUCCCCAAAUCUGCCGGGUUGCUCCGAUGCGGGAAGAGUUGCAGACUGAGAUGGAUUAAUUACCUUAGGCCUGAUCUCAAAAGAGGGAAUUUCUCUGAAGAAGAAGACGAACUCAUCAUUAAGCUUCACAGCUUGCUUGGCAACAAAUGGUCUUUGAUUGCCGGAAGACUGCCGGGAAGAACAGACAACGAGAUCAAAAACUACUGGAACACUCACAUCAAGCGAAAGCUCAUGAGCCGCGGAAUCGACCCGCAGACUCACCGUUCCCUCAACGAGAAGCCAACCUCCGCCGUUGUCCCCGUCGCACCAGCAACCACCACCACCAUCACCGCCGCUGCCGUUACUGUUACUCCUCCGGCGAAGCCGACCCAGUUGGAUUUCAAAUCCGCACAUGAUCCAGCUCAAUCCAUGGCGGAAAUCAGCCGGCUCCUCCAAUCAAACACGAUGAAGGCGAACAACAGCAUCCUGGAUUUCAAAUUCCAAACGGUGGUAAAAGCAGAGUCCGCCGAGGAAAACAACUGCUCCAGCAGCGGGAUGACCACCGACGAAGAACCGCCGCUUCCGAGGCCCGUAUCCGCCGCCGCCGGAGGCGAGCGGCGGGAGGAAUUGAAUUUGGAGCUGACAAUCGGGCUUGCCACUCCUUCUUCUCGUUCUCUAACGACGACCCGGCCAAGUUCGGCUUCCUCCGGGAACUCAGCGGAGUCGAAGCUUCAGUUCCACCCGUAUCUUCAGUUUUCCGGCACGGCAGCUACACCGACGACUACGGCGGCGGAGGCCGUCUGCUUGUGCUGGCAGUUGGGCGGGGGAGCCCGUGGGAAUUGCCACUGCCAAUGUUCUUCCGGUGGGCGGCAACAGCAGCAGAUUAGAUAUCAGUAUUGCUAAUGAUAAUUUCCAGUUUCAUCCCUUUAUUUUUUUUCUUUUCCAUUUUGGGACAGAUUUUGUAUUUACUAUGUAGCUUCUUCCCCCUUCUUUUGUUUUUAACCUUUUUGGGUAAAUUUUGAAUCUAAGGUGUGUGGGGGUGGGUAGAUUUUGGAUCAUGAAUGUCUUUUUUUGGGGACCAAAAAAAGAGCUUUCACUGGCCAAGUGUAAUUGUAAGGUAAGAGCUCUAGAGAGAUGUAAAAAAAGAAAGAAAAGUUACUGUGGGGGUAAAUGUUAUUAUUUACUGGCCAUUAUUUAAUGCCUUCUUCUUCUUCUACCAUGUUCUUUCACAUCAAUUUACCAAGUUUGUCGCUUGGUUCUUUCUUUCCUUCAUUUCCUUCCACCUUCUUGUUUUCCUUGUGCAUUAACUUGGCGCUUCACCACCCAACACGCUUCUAGUUCUAGGCUAUAGCACACGACAGCACACGACUCUAAAUGAAUAGAGUUGAGGCGAGUUUUGUCUAUCUCGGGUUCUGCUCGUUAAUAUAUAAGUUGAGUUCGAGUUGAACUCAUUCACUAACGAGUAGAGUUCAAUUCGAGUAUGUCUAGUUUAAUAUAUAAAUUUUACAGUAUGUUGAUAUCAAAUAACUUAUUGGUAAACCGUUAACAAAUAAACGUGGAUAAUGUCAGUAACUCAAAUAUAUGGAGUUCAAACUAGUUUUUACUUGAUUUGUCCUUGCUCUUUAGUGUAACGUAUACAUGCAACCAAAAACAAAACUAACUAUACCAAUUUGAUCCUAAUUUUGUGAUGACGUUGUAACUUAAAUGUGUUGGUUUCGAAUCAAACUACUCUUUGCUUAUUUUUUUUUCACCGUUCUUUUACUGUUUUGUUAUAGGUACUGCAUAGAACUAAAACAAAAAAUCAACCAUAUACCAACCUAGACCCAAGUUUUAGUUUGAAAAGUUAAGCUAACAUCCAACCCUAACAUCGAACUGUAUAUGUUUUCAAAGAACAACAAUCACUUAGCUGUAAAGCUGAAACUUUGACAUAAGUGGGAAAAUGGAACAUUGUACUUGAAUAAAUUCCGAGUGCUUUCGGGAUAUACCAUGAGACCAACUUCAUGUGGGGGGAUGAGGUUCUUCCUUAUAGCAUGUGAACAUGUUUUAGGGUCAUAUGGUCUGUUAAUUAUAUAUUGUUUUUAUCAUAAAAAGCAUGAAAGCAUCUUCUACCCAAUUAGCAUUAGUGUAAUCUUAACCCACUUUCUCACUAGUCCCACUUUCUCACCAGUCUUUUGUUGAUAUAACUUGAAUCAAAUUAUAUGUCAUCGACUUGAAAUAUUAUAUAUAAUUCUCAAUCUCUCUAAGUUGGAGGGAAAUGAGGACUUUUCUCUUGUUCAUAAGUUUUGUUAGAGUACAUGAGAGUGAUAAUUUAAAGAGUGAAAUUUCACUGUAGUAGUUGCCCUGAAUUUGUGGUGAAAACAAUUAUUACCUCAUAGUGGGUCUCUUUUUCCCUCCUUUCCUUUUCAAAAUUAAACAUCGUUUUCCCUCAUUAUUUCACUACUCUCAAACUUCCACUUUCCUAAAAAUUUCUUCCCCCUCUCCAAUUAUUUCACCAAUCAUGUUUUAGUUUUUUUGAUUAACCGAACCGAUUUAGUAAUUUACUGAUCCUAGUUAUAUGUCACUUAUUGAUUAAUCUUCAAUAUAAGACUUGACUUAUUGUUUAGCCAUUAAUGUAAACUAAAACUAUAUGGCCACCUAUAACAAAUAUAUGGAUAAUAAACUAAUAAUAAUGGAAGUCGAUCGAGUACAGAGAUUCACCAUCUCUUGUCUCUUGGACUUGGAGGGCGUUUAUUUUUAAGGUAAUUGUUUAGUUGAGAAAACAAGCGUGUGCCAUUAGCAGAUAAACAAAAACGUAAUUAAUGAACACACUCCCCACUUAGGACAAUAUUUCUUUUUUACCAAUAAGUUAGAAGUGUAGAA